AGAUAAUGGUGACCAAUGCCCAACUGAUAUAUAAGAAAUAAACAACGUUAUCGGUUGUCUCGUACUGCACACGAUUUUUUUGAGAGAUUUCAAAGGGCUUGUGUAGGUUUGGAAAGGUAUGGAUAACAAAGAAUCAAGUGAGCUGGGGAAUUUACCAACAUCCCCAAUGGCUAAGCGGGCCCGAACGCGUGAAACGACCGGAGAACGGCUACGGAGACCGUUACCCCGCUCGAUCGACUUGAGAAAUCCUGAUCUGGCCUAUGGUUUUGAUAUGUAUUACAAUGACGAACCGCUUAAAUUAGUUCCGUCUACUUGGAGUAAAAACUAUGGUAUCGGUCUCUAUGGUAGGAUUGGACUCCAAUGCUACAAUCUUCAGAAGGGAACAAACUUAAAGUUUAAACGCUUGGAGAAACAUAGUAGCAAGGACACUUCCUUCUUCAGCCUGUACAUAACUUUGGAGGUAACCGAUCCGGCCACUGGCUCUGUCUGCUCUUUUCAGACUCAGUUUGGCGAUGCAGGACGCCGCAUUUCGUUGGGGGCUAGGAUUACCUGGUUUACCUUAGCCUCCAGAAUCAAACAAAUAUAUAACCAGCCUAUUGAUGAUGUAUGGGACGAGGACACACCUGGAAUAAAUGAGUUCUACAAAGUUCCAAUGCCCAGAUGGUUUUCUGAUGAAGCCUUGGAACGUGACAGUAAAAAGUAUUACGUGGUGCCAGUAUCAGAGCUGCAUGACAAUGACUGGCUUCAACUUCUCAUGGAAGUCGCCUUCUUCUCCAAAUCAGAUCGUUGUUUGGAUGCUUACCUACCCUUGGAGCUCAAGAACGUUGUUGUGGAAACUUUUGAAGAUUACACAACAGAGCCUAGUGAGAAGCUCAAAGCUGAUAACGCAAUCUUCUACAUUAGUUACAAGUGUUGCUCUGAUCCUUCAACGCCUCUGGCUGGUGAUCACCGUGCCGUAGUAAGGAAAACCAUGGAUGGCAAACCAGGCCACAUGUGUCUUGAGGUUGCGCUUACCAAAGAACAAGAAUGAAGAAGAGAAUAAUUUUUUAGUUUCUUACCAAAUAUAGGCUGGCAAAAAAAUAUCAAUAAAAACAGAUGAUAUAUAAUUUUUUAGUUUCUAAUCA